UGCCAUAUUUAGCGUAAUUGACGACUUGGUGUGAAACGAUCUGGCACAGUAGUAGGCAGAGGGCUACCGUUCAUGGAUAAUGUAUGGAAUACGUAACAGUUACACUGAGCCAUAAUAUUGAGUGAAAUAAUGACAGUUCUACAAAGGGUCUAAGGGAAACACUAAAAUUGUGAUAACAGAAUUUGUGAAAAAUUCAUAAUGGAUAGUUGGUACAAACGGUUCACCAUGUCGGUGGGAAUGAAGCCCCUUGCCCUCGGCUUUCUGUCCAUGGCCUUACUGGACAUGUUACCACUCUCUGAGGCUCAGACUGUGACAACAAUGGCUCCUGACAAUGUCACAGAAGCACCAGCAUGUACCAUGCAAGCUGAACCAUGUAAAGCUGGUGUGUUUUUCCCAUUGUGGACACCAACAAAGAAUCUCAGCGUUGGUGAUAAAGCUGCGAGAGCCAUUGUUUAUUUUGUAGCUAUGAUUUACAUGUUUUUAGGAGUCUCCAUCAUUGCUGACAGAUUCAUGUCUGCUAUUGAAGUCAUCACUUCAAAGGAGAAGGAUGUUGUAAUUAGAAGACCAGACGGAAGCACGCAUGUGGUCAAUGUCCGAGUUUGGAACGAGACAGUAUCAAACUUGACCCUUAUGGCUCUCGGUUCAUCAGCACCCGAAAUUCUUCUGUCUGUUAUAGAAAUUGUUGGUAAAAAUUUUGAAGCUGGAGACUUAGGUCCAAGUACCAUUGUAGGUAGUGCUGCUUUUAACUUAUUUGUCAUUACAGCCAUUUGUGUGUCUUCUAUUCCUGCAGGCGACAAGCGUACCAUCAAACAUUUACGAGUAUUCUUCAUUACGGCAAGUUGGAGUAUAUUUGCUUACUUAUGGAUGUAUUUCAUUUUGUCUGUUUCAUCAUAUGGAGUAGUAGAAGUAUGGGAAGCUGUAAUUACCUUCGUCUUCUUCCCCAUAACUGUCCUAACUGCAUACGUUGCAGACAUCAAAUUUAUGCCACACAAAUUUUUGUCCAAAAAGUACAGGGAAAGUAGGCAAAAAGGAGUGGUAAUUCAGGCCGAGGGUGACACAGAAAUGAACCAUGUGGAUGAUGUAGUCUUCAGGGAUAUCAGGAACGUUGCUGAUGUGAAGGAACUCAUGGCUUAUGAACAGCACAGGAAGGAAUACAUGGACAUUAUGCGUAAUCUCCGUAAAAAGCAUCCAAACACCGACAUGAAGACCUUGGAAGAGAUGGCCGAGCUUGAAGCAAUCAACAAAGGACCAAAAAGUAGGGCAUUUUACCGUAUUCAGGCUACAAGAAAGCUGACUGGAGGUGGAAAAGUGAUCAAGAAGGCUAAGAUAGAUAGGAGGGCAAGCGUAGAAGAUGUGAAAGUGGAAGUCCGUGACCAGUUUACCACAAAAGUCUUCUUCGACCCUGGUCACUACACUGUAAUGGAAAACAUCGGAACUUUCUUUUUGACAGUUACCAGGGAAGGUGGUGACCUCAGCAAGACCAUGUAUGUGGAUUAUAAAACUGAGGAUGGCUCUGCCAGUGGAGGUGCAGAUUAUGACUAUGCUGAAGGAACCCUUGUCUUCUACCCUCAUGAAAUCCACAAGCAGAUUCCAGUGAGCAUCAUUGAUGAUGAAAUCUUUGAGGAAGAUGAGCACUUCUAUGUCCGCCUCAGCAAUGUCCGCUUAGGUGAUGCUCAGGGUAUGUUUGACAGCAGUGCUUCCCAAAUGAAGGUCAAGCUCGGAACACCAUUCGUAGCCACUGUCAUGAUCUUGGAUGAUGAUCACCCGGGAAUAUUCCUCUUCGAUGAGAAAAUGGUUGUUGUUCCUGAAGCCAUUGGGCAGACUGACAUCAAGGUCACUCGCUCAUCUGGUGCCAGAGGUACAGUGAAGAUUCCUUUCAAAACUGUAGAUGGAUCAGCAAAGGCAGGAAAGGAUUACGAACCAGUCACCGGAUUUAUAAUCUUUGUCAACGAUCAGACUGAACAAUUCAUCAAUGUGAAGAUUUACGAUCAUGAAGAAUAUGAGAAGAACGAAACUUUCUAUAUUGAACUUGAAACACCAGUGCUGUUAAAGAGAGGCUCAGAGGAGGAUCUAGGUCUGGCAGUAGGUAAAUGUGAAGACAUGGACGAGGAGGACACAGAGGUUGAUGAAGAUGGAAAACCAAGACUUGGUGAAACUACUAGGAUCUGUGUCAACAUCCGUGAAACUGUUGAGUUCAAGAAUGUGGUCGACAAGCUGUUGAAGAAGGCUAAUGUUUCCCUGGUUGUUGGAACGUCUUCCUGGAGGGAGCAGUUUGUUGAGGCUAUCACAGUCAGUGCUGGUGAGGAUGAUGAUGAAGAAGCAGAGGAGAAACUUCCGUCUUGUAUGGACUACGUUAUGCACUUCCUCACACUGUUCUGGAAACUUACCUUUGCUUUUGUACCUCCUACAGACUACUUCGGUGGAUGGGCGUGUUUCACAGUUUCCAUUCUCAUGAUUGGUUUACUGACCGGAUUGAUUGGUGAUCUGGCUUCAAGCUUUGGUUGUACAAUUGGACUUAAGGAUGCUGUCACUGCCAUCUCCUUUGUUGCCCUUGGAACCAGUAUUCCAGACACAUUUGCCAGUAAGGUAGCAGCUAUUAACGAUGAGUAUGCCGACUCGUCCAUCGGUAACGUGACAGGAAGUAACGCCGUCAAUGUGUUCCUUGGUAUUGGUCUAGCCUGGUCCAUGGCUGCCAUCUACCACACAUCAAAUGGCAACACCUUCAAUGUAGUACCAGGAACUCUGGCUAUGUCAGUAACGGUCUUCUGUGUUGAGGCAGUCGUCACUGUUAUCAUCAUUUUGAUCCGUCGUAAGUUCGGUGGAGAACUCGGAGGACCUGUCCGUAGGAAAUACUUAACCUCCAUGUUUUUGGUUGGAUUGUGGCUAAUUUACAUCGUUAUUUCUUCCUUGGUCAGUUAUUGUUAUAUUCCUGGAUUUUAAAUAGCGUUUCUAAACAUGACAAUACACACCACCCAGCUGAAUGUCUUAAGCUUGAGUAGGUGCCAGUCCGCAGGGCCAGAGUUUGGUCUAGGACUGAUGCCCAUGAUGCAUCAAAGAUGUGUAGAUUUUCAGCCCAGUUUGCUGAAUCAAAAAUGAAGUGUCAUGCCAAGGACAUUGAGGUUAACGUCGGUGAUGAGGUGUGGUGUAGGGAACCACAGCGGGAUGACAACGUGGAGGUUUCUCACAGACGUCGAUGAUAAUACGAGGCAGUGGUACAGCCUGCCUGUGGUGACUCAUGAUACGGAUACAUCAUCAGUGUUGAAUGAGUGGUUCAGAACAAGUGUGUCUAUAUGGCGAUGUGGUUAAAGAAUGGUAUGUUACAGUAUUAACUCAUUUUAAAUAUCAUACAUUCAACUGGUGUUCAGUUUGUGGGGUAAUUGUCAAUUUUUGUCUACCGUGGUAAUUAAUCAGGAAGUAGUAGAUUUACUUACCUAAACAGAGUGUAAGAUCCAUAGUUCGCUUAGUCACAGAUGAUGAAUUGCUACCCAAAAGGGUUGUACUACAUCUAGCAAUAAAAAUAAAACUUUGUUUAGUUUAUUUAUGUUUAAUUUGCUGUUUAGAAUUGACGAAUUUGAGCGAACAAAAUAAAUCAGGGGCUUUAAAUUCACUUUUUAGAGUUUCUUUUGAAACGUCCUUAUUGCAUGUAGAUAUGUGAACACUGAGUGGCCUGUCUCAAAAGUAACAUAAAGAUUGCUUUGUCUCUAGUGAUGUUGAUAAAUUUGCUCAGAAUCCUAAUUUAAUAAUAUUUCCAUCCAGUGUUUGUUGAGAGGUGAAUGCAAGAUUUUUUGUUUGUUUAUUUAUUUAUUAUUUUCUUUUAAAAUUUUUACACCUGAACAGAAGCAAAGCUUCAUAAGGCCAGGAUAACAUUGAAAAUAAUAAUUAACCUAAGAUUAUUUAUGUAAUAAAUGUAGGUAUCCACUACAUCCGGUAGAAGUCUAACUGAUUGGGAUAGAUUUGUGAAAAUUAAAAAGUGAUUAAUUUUUCGUGGCAGUUGUAAAGAUCAUUUUAUACAAAAGACAAUUAUAUAAUGAUUGAUAUUUAAGUUAUUUAUUUGCCCUGUGGCCCACUUACUUGUUUAUUUGCAUUAUACAUAAACAAUUUCUGUAAACAUCCAUUUAAAUCGGUGAUACUCAUUCUAACCAUUAUAACAAGCAGUUGUCAGUUGCUUGCUUGAAGACGACUGUCCAGAGAAAAAAUUAAAAUGUAUGUAAUUGAAAGGCAAAGUAAAUAUCGGGUACUUCCAAAAAAUAUUAACAUAAGUCUGAAUUAAUAUGAUGUAUUUAUUACAAAUGGAGUUACAAAUCAAAUAUUCAUUUAUGAUUUCAGUGUAUAAUCAAAGUUGUAUUUAAGUCCUCAUCUAAACACAUCAGUCUCCAGCAUUUAAGUCAUUGUUUACCCCAUAAAUCACUCGCAUUUUACGUUUCAUCGUCACAUGACUAGAUUUUCAGUGUGUGUUUUUAUUGAGGUGAUUAACAAAGGUCAUACUUUAAAUCGUUGAUUCUAACGAGGAAACAAAAGUCAGCAAGUUUUUUUUUUUGUCUCAGGAGCCAGUAGAAUCUAGUGUUGAUGUAUAUAAACUGUUUUUGUACAUAGUGUGAUCUCCCAGUUCCAUUUUGCACUGGUGUGAACAGUUUUGUUUUAAACUGUCACUCUUGGUGAUUUGUGAUAACUCAUUGCUCCAAAAACCUGUCAUAGCUUAUAGUGUACAAGGAAUGUUUUUAGAGUUGAUGAUGAAACAAUUUAUUUGUAGUAAAAACAGGAAAAUUCAUGAAAAAAAUAUGAGAUAGUGUCCAUGUAUACAAAGAAUGUCCGUGAUUUUUUGCAAAAGAACUUGUUAGUGCUGCACAAAGAACUACUGUUUUCUGUGCUCCAUUACAAUCUAGAGUGUAUUUUAACAUGUUUUUUUUUUUUUUUUUUGAUAUUCUGGUGAAGAAAUAUGUUAUUGUUCACGACAUGAAAAUUGCAAUUAAGUGACAAUUUAUUUAUACAAUGUUUGUUGAUAAAUCUGAAUGUGUUAGUGUCUUAUUUAUUGCGUGUGGGAUUAAUAGUUAUCUGUAGAAUUAUAGCACACAAUACUAUAGUUUAUUUACCAUGACAGGAUGUUACUUUUAAAUAACGCAUAUAAUACAGUCAUAACAGUUUGGUGAUCUUAAUUAUUGUUGUAUACUAUACAAUUUUUACUUUGCAGAAAUUGUAAUAUGAAAAUUGUUAUCCAAAGCUUUAAAAUGUAUAUAUACUCCUGUUAAAACGUGUCAGUAAUUUGUUUGAAAGGUCUACAAUGAUCAGUUUGAAUGAUCAACUGGCUGUUAUCGUUGAUAUUUGUUGUUAUUAUCAACAAAACUAGCACAGACUUUAAUUAUACUUUAUGAAAUUUCUCAAUUUCAACUUCAUCUUUAUGAAAAUAUUAUCAAAAGUAGAUUCAGAAAUAAGCUUUCUGCUAAUUAGCAAUUAUUAAAGUUAUAUUACUAUAUACGCAUGUAUCGUUAUUGCUCUGAAAUAUCCGACUGUAGUACUGUUGUAGUGAUCUUAACUUUCUAGGAUAACUUUAAAUAGUUUAAAAUUACAAUGUUUAAUCAUGCUCUCAUGUAGCCAAUAUAUAGUUAUUUAUUUACAGCUGUUGCAUAGCAUAUUCUGUAAAAUAAAUAUACUAAUGCAUUGUAUUUAAGAUAAAAAUGAGUUCAAACAUUUCUGUCCAAUACUGAUGUUUGGAAUAUUAUUAAAUCCUGUUUUGUAUAGACACUGUACAUAGAGAAUUAAUUACAUAUAACAUGCAAGCUAUUAAUUAUGACAUUUUCGGGUAUGUGUCACCUUAAUACAAUAUUAUAUCAUAGUAAAAUUUUGUUUGAAGUUAGAUCUUUUGGGCAUGAAAAUGUAUAUGGUCAGUAGGGGACCUAUCUUGACUUUUUAUCUUGAAUCAUGCAACUGUGUAUACCCAACCUUAUUAACCAAUGGUUGUUACAUUCCUUCUCCAUCAAACAUCUUUGUAUAUAGUCUUCCUUACUCCAUCACACAUCUAUGUAUAUAAUGUCCAUAUGAUUUGCUCCUUUGUAUCAAAUGUGAUGACUUAUUAUAUUAUUAUUAUUAUUAUUGUGCCCCUAUUCCCCUGUUAGUGAUUUUAAUAAAAAAAAAAAAUUGUCCAUAAUUUUGAUCAUUUACACAGUACAUGUUGAGAACGUUCGAAGGUUAAGGUAGGCCUCUUAGCGGUCCUUUAGCUAUGCAGAUUAUAAUUGUUUAAAGAGAUUACUAUUACUGUAAAUACUCUAUUUAGAAUUCUAUUUGUGUUGGUUAUCAAACUUAUUGUACAUGUUUCUAGAUAAUUUUAGGCAUGUAUUUCAGAGCCCUGUAGUCGCAUUCCCAGCGUUUUGUUUAUGGUAACUUUCUAUAGGCGAUCUACCAGGAGUGGUAUUUAUAUACUGGUGUUUUACUGCUCUCUAAUCUGCAGUUUUAUAACUAGACGUGAAUGUUCAAAUUAGUGAUAUUCACUCCACUAUACGUAAGAAUUGGUAGAGUCUCUUGUCUAUUUUUGCAGGUUUUUUUGCCAGUUCACAUCCACGGUGUAGAAUGUGCAUGGUUUUACUAGUACAUAUUUUCAACGUACUUUGUUUGACCUGUACAUGUUUUGAUUGUACUUAUUUUAACCAGUAAAUGUUCAAUAUUCUCUGCAGAUUUUUGCAUGUUCAAUGAGAUUUUUAUAACUUACAGUGGUUUUCAGUCUACUGUGUAGGUUUGACCAGUAGCGAGGCAGACCACAAUAUCCACCUUGACUGCUGAACAUGUACUACUAUACAGGGUGUCAAGUGGCCUGACAAUAUAUACUCUUGUGCUCAUGGCACUGUCUCAGAAAUCCAAAUGUUAGUGCUGCACUGGCAGACCUUGAAAAGACAAUCCCUUAUAGUUUUGAUCACCUUAUUGAACAAGAUUCAAUCGUUUAAUUGAUUUGAGCAGUAUCAUUUAGAUUUCAUUUUCAUUUUGUCUUAUCAGUAUUUUUAUGUUAACAGAUUGUUUUCUAUCUUAACUAUAAUGAAAAAUAAUAAUGAGGAAGUUGGUCAAUGUUAUAACCAGGAGGUUUAUUUUAAAAUAUUUGCUCAUGAGAAGUGUGUGUUUUAGUGAUAAUGAAAUUUUUAAUACUUUCCAGAUUUUAACAAUGAAAUUUAAAUGAUACUGCUAAAUCAAUUAAACUGGACAAUGGUGUAACACAAAGACAAUUAUUGACUUGUAAUGUGUCAAAUUGGGACCAUGCCCUUAAUUUGGUAAGUCCAUCUUUUCAUGAGCAAAUAAGCUCAUUUAUGAACAAAAUUAUACUCAUGGUAUGAGCAAGAAAAAAUUAGGGAUAUAUACAGACUUGGCCAACAAUGUUUGUAAUACCAGAGAAAUCUGCUAAUGAAUAUUUUCUAUACUGCUAAUUUUCGGCUUUCGCUGGUGCAAUUGCUAUGAUAUUUAUACAUGUUAUAAUUUCCAGAUGUUACCUCAUUGAAGCUUUCUCACUUUUACGUUUAGCAUGGUUUGGAAUAUUUUGAACACAACACUAUAGAGAGUAACAUUGAACCUUUUGGUAUUCCCAUUCCACAACUGUUUAUUUUCCACGUUAGAUAUUGUGGUGUUUCUUAUGACUUGAUUGUGGAAAUUGAUUUGAAUUUGGUUGUCAUUUCAAUAAAGGGUUGAAGAAACUUA